AUGGAGCUUGUUGAUGAAGAAGACUCACAUUUAUGUAUUCGAUGUAAUCAAACGAUAAUUGGAUUGCAGAAUUAUGUAAAUCAUCGUCAGAGAAAUUGUUUGUCGUCAACUUCAUCGUCAUCGAAGAACGUGAACGUGAAGUCAUCAACGAAACCAUUCACAGCGAAUUUCGAAGGAUUUCUAAACACACAUCGUGAUGAGAAGAAAAUUGAGAAUUACGCGGAUUUCCAUUUCGAUGAUGAUCAGUGUGAAGAGUUUGACGAAGACGAAGACGAAGACGACGAAAAUUUGGAGGAAGAAUCUGAAGAUGACGUAGAAAUUAGCAGUGAACAGAAAAACAAAUCGACAGAGUCUGAAUUCAAGCAAUACGAUUACGACUUCUUCUCGUCACUUGAACUGCAAUGCAUGCCAAGACGUGACUCACCACACUCCCAUCCACAUCCAUCAUCGAGUGGCAAUCAUCGGAUUUUAACUAGAAAGGCGACGGCCGCGUUAUUGGCACAACAUGGCGACGAAUGGAUUGAUGAAGCGACUUCCACUGUUGGCAUUAAGAAGCAAGAUUCGGUUUUUAAUCUUUUCGAGCAACAAGAAUCGGAAUCCGAUGAAGAGAAUGAGACUGAUGAGUCCGAUCCUGAAGUGCCAAGCGAUUACACUCGUGGGAAAUGGAAACCUGGGUCGAGACCGCCAAACAACUUCACUGGUGGAAAGUGGAAACCCGAAUCGACAAAGAUUCCACAUUGGGACGAAAAUGAAUCGUCGAAUGAUGGAAAUUUGGAGAAGUCGAUGGAGAUUGAAGAUUCAAAUCCACCGCCAACUCACACGAAAGGGAAAUGGGUGCCUGGCACCAAAAUCUCGAAGCUUGAACUUCACGCGAUGUCUGAUAACAAUGAAAGUUUCUGGUGCAGUUUCUGUUCGAGAAAGUUGGCAUCUCGUGCGAUUUAUGAACGACAUUUGAAGUCAAAUUUACAUGAGAAGCGAACGAAACUUCAAAAUGAAUUAGAAGCAGCCGCUGAGACUCUUCCAUUCAACGAACUUUCAUCACACUUCCAACAAAGUGUCGUUGAAGAUGCGACAGUGACAGUUGUCAUCGAGAACGAAAAUGUUGAUUUGAAGGUGGAAGGAAAGAAAAAAUUUCGAUCACGUUCGAAAGUAACAUGUGAAGUUUGCGACAUAAAGCUGCCAGUUCAUUUGUUGGGCAAACAUUUGAUAUCGCACUUUCACUAUCGAAAGAUGCUGCAGAGCUCGAAAAAAUCAUUCGACAUUGUGCUCAACAAUUUCCAUAAAAUUAUCAUACAAUCGCCCUUUCAAUGUCAACCAUGCAAAUUCUACUUCAAUACGCAAGAAGAUUUCCUCCGACAUUGGAAUUCAAUCGGGCAUGUCGAGUGUUGCGACAAAAAGUUGGGCGAAGGCGGGGGUGGCUACAAAUUCUUCUGUUCGAUUUGUAAAUUUGCGUGUUCAUCGAAUGUUCACAUGACGGAACAUUUGAAGAGUGUGGAACAUCAACAAGUCGUUGCGUUGAUUAAUCGCUCGAAGCCCAUCAUCGUCCGUUUGUUGAGUGAAGUUCGAUGCGAUAAAUGUUUCGUUACAACAAUUUCGUUACAACAUCGAGUUGAUGAAACAUUUGAAAAGUUAAACAAGAAUUUGUUCAAUUUCACCAGCAACUUCAUAUGUGAUGAAUGUCAAAGAGCUUUUCAAUCCGCGUUGUCACUUCAGAAACAUAAACGAAGAACUCACAAAAAUCCAAUUUUCUUCUGCACUGAUUGCGAGAAAACUUUCGUCACAGCAGAUGAAGCGCGAAUACAUCGAAAUGGCAUUGACCACAAAACUAUAACGUCACGUAAACGAAUGCAAAGCGAUCCGAAACUGAAAGCACGUCUGCAGAAAACUUGCCCGGUCUGCAACGACACGAUGUUGGAUAACGUCGAGCUUCGAGAUCACAUACUUGCGAUGCAUCCAGAACAUUAUUUUAGUUGCGGACGAUGCGGCAUGAAAUUUCCAUUGGCCCAAGAAGUUUCCAGACACGUUCGGGAUAAAGUGUGUAAGUUUUAUAAAACAAUUCAAUCGUCCUCGUCUUCAGUUGAGAAGCAAUUGUCGUCUGAGACUCCUCGAGAGUCAAUUAAAUUCCAAGUUACUUCAUCGGAUACUGAGAAAGUUGCCGAAAGUAGUGGACUUAUGGAAUUAAUCGAGAGUAACUUUGCAACUGACCUUCUAAGUGUUGAAUGGAGACGACGACAAACACCAACAGCAGAUUGUCGAAGUUUCAGCACCGAAUCUCAAGCUGAGUUUUUCUUUCAUGAGACUCUUCAUCAACUUCCCAUCGAUAAAGAUUACAAGACGAAAAUCGAAUGUCGAUUCUGUAAGAAAUUCUUCGGUCAACAAUCAUUGCGAGAACAUUUGCGACAACACACAAACGAACGAAUCUUUGAAUGUUCCGUCACUGGCUGUCCAAUGAGUUUCACACGGAAAUCGAACUUGAAGACUCAUCUGAUGAGAGUUCACAAGAACAAUGAAGACAAUGACAAUGCGACGUCACUUUUGAACGUGUGUCGUGUGUGUGGUAAAAAGUUUCAAAGCAAACAUGUUCUUGAACAACACAAAUUUAUUCAUCGUAAUCGCCUCAAGACAAAAACUUUCCCAUGCCAGCUUCCGAACUGCAUUCACAUUGGUCACAAUGCAGCCGACGCAAGAAAUCAUCUUCUUACACAUGGUGACGAGAAAUCGUUCAUUUGUACACAGCCAAACUGCGAUUAUCGCGGACAAACAAUGGAACAAUUGAGAAGUCAUUCUCGUAAGCAUCAAGAAGUGGAAUUCAAAUUUACUUGCGAACAUUGCGAUUACAAGACAAAGCUAUCGCAUCAUCUUAAGCGACAUAUGAGAGUUCAUGAGAUGGAGGAUGGAAAGAUCUACAAUUGUCCAUAUUGCAAUUAUUCUUGUAAUAAUUCUGAAAAUCUUCGGAAACAUGUCUUGAAGACCAACAAACAUCCCGGGAAAUUCAUGUACGAAUGCGGCUAUUGCAUGGACAAGCCGAAUAAAUUCAAGUCGAACAUCAUUAAGGAAUAUCAAUCGCACUUACAACUUGCACAUAAAAUGAAGAAGCCGCUUCGUAUUUUUGAGGCGCCGAAAAAGUUCCAAAGAAACAAUUAAAGUCAUAAACUGUUAAGAAAUUAAUUUCAUUUCAUGCAGAAACUUAAACACGAUUAAGACAUCUUUUGACGAAUCUUAAUCGAGAAUAGUUUGGAGAAAAAAUGUGUGGAAAAUGUUUAACUAUGAGCAUUCAUUUGUAAAUAAAUCUGAGUAAUUUUUUACAUUCCGAAAUAUUCGUCCGAUGAAGAAAUUUAAUCGAUGG